UCAAAGAAAAAGGUGACUCGUUUCUAUUACGAGAAACGAGCAUAUAAUUCCUGGCACUCGGAUCAACGACGCAUUUAUGGAAAUUGGGUCUCUCAGAUGGCAUGAAACUGCAAAGACGUGACUGAAGGACCUGAUGAUAUUCAACGCAACGCUUCAUCAUUUCAGUGAUCCAGCUGCGUGGGUUGAACACUGAUGCUCCGGAUCUCUGAUGCUGAUGCUGGUUCAUCGCCCUUGCGCUGUUGCUGCAUUCUAGGAUGUUGCGACAAGUGUUGCACGAAGGGCUCAGGACGUCAUUCCACAAACUGGGCCACUUUGUCGCCAAUCACCCGGUGUUUUUUGCCUCUGUGCCCGUGCUGAUCUCCAUCCUGCUGGGCGCGAGCUUCAGCAGAUACCGCAUAGAGGAAAACGUGGAGUACCUGUUAGCCCCCAAACACAGCCUGGCGAAGAUCGAGGGGAACUUGGUGGAUAGUUUGUUCCCCGUAAACCGAUCCAAACACACGCUCUACUCGGAUUUGCAAACACCCGGCAGAUAUGGCCGGGUCAUCUUGACUUCGCGCAGGGGGGGCGUGUUGGACCCUCACCACGUUAACUCAGUCCUAAAGCUACACAACACAAUCACUCAGAUCCAGGUUCCUAUGCUGGGAUUCAACUACACCUUUGCCCACCUCUGCCUGUUGGAUGACAGCAAGAGCUGCAUCGUGGAUGACAUCCUGCGGGUUCUGGAGGAGAUGAGAUCAGCACGGGCAUCCAACCGCUCAGUACCCCCUCUGCAUUACCCUAUCACCAAACUCAAAGAUGGGCGGGAGGCCUACAUUGGGCACCAACUGGGCGGAGUCCUGGCAGGCGGAGGGAGAGACGGGGUGCGUUCUGCUCGAGCCCUUCAACUCACAUACUACCUGCAAGCGGCCAGCCCACUGAACGAAGUGGUGGCGGCCACCUGGGAGCUGCUGUUCUGCAAGGAGCUGGAGAACUUUGGAAAGGCUCAUCCAGAGCUUAGCCUAUACCCCUUCACUUCCUCUUCUCUUCAGAGGGACUUCCAAAGGACCAGUCGGGUAUCAGAGAGACCGCUGCUCUUUAGCCUGGCUGUGUGCCUCUCGCUGGCCAUGCUGUGCUGCUCAAUGCGAGACUGUGUGCGUACAAAGCCUUGGCUGGGUCUUCUGGCUCUGGUGACCGUCAGCCUUGCUACACUCACCUCUGCAGGCAUUUUCAACCUCACAGGAGGGAAAUACAAUUCAACAUACCUGGGCAUCCCGUUUGUCAUGUUAGGUCAUGGCUUGUUUGGCACAUUUGAGAUGCUGUCGUCUUGGCGUCGGACCCGCGAGGACCAGCAUGUGAAGGAGAGGGUUGCUGCGGUGUUCUCUGACUGUAUGCUGCCCUUCACAGCUAGCACGGCCUUGCACGUGGUCACCUUCGGCAUCGGGGCCAGUCCAUUCACAAACAUUGAGGCCGUGCGUCUAUUUUGUCGAAACGCCUGUAUCUCAGUCCUCUUCAACUACCUCUACAUCCUCACCUUCUACGGCUCCAACCUGGUGUUUGCCGGCUACCUGGAAAACAACUACCGUCACAGUCUAUUCUGCAGGCGUGUACCAAAGCCUGAGUUGCUGCAGCAGAAGCCGGCGUGGUACCGUUUUCUCAUGUAUACACAUUACAACGAGGAGGCAACAGAAGCAGGACCACUGCGUGCUUACGAGAGUCACCUGCUGGUAGCUUUUAUGAAGCGGUACUACUGUGACUGGAUCACCAACACCUACGUCAAACCAUUCGUGGUUCUGUUCUACUUGGUUUAUGUUUCCUUUGCCCUCAUGGGCUACCUUCAGGUCAGUGAAGGGUCAGAUCUUAGUAAUGUGGUUGCCACUGAAACAAGCACUAUUGCAUACACCCGUGCACAGCAGCGGUAUUUCAGCAGCUACAGCCCCGUGAUUGGCUUCUACAUCUACGAGUCCAUUGAGUACUGGAACACGAGCGUUCAAGAGGACCUACUGGAAUACACUAAAGGUUUUGAACGCAUCUCCUGGUUUGAGAGUUACCUCAACUACCUUCACGGGCUGAACAUCACCACUAGCCUGUCAUGCAGCAACUUCACAGAGCGCCUGCGGUCUGGCUUUUUGCGCCAACCCCGAUAUGUGCAUUUCUCUGACGAUAUCAUCUUUGCCAAACGUGCGGAUGGGGAAUUUGAUGUGGUAGCCUCGCGUAUGUUUCUAGUGGCCAAGACGACAGAAAACAAACGAGAGGAGAUGUCUAUCCUGCUGGACACACUAAGGAAGUUAUCGCUGACCUCCAGGGUGAAGUUCAUCAUCUUCAAUCCAUCCUUUGUGUAUAUGGACCGUUAUGCUUCAUCUGUUGGAGCACCCCUGAAAAACUCUUGCAUCGCUGCUAUCUUUCUGCUCUUCUUUUCCACCUUCUUGGCAGCUGACCCACUGGUGAAUGCCUGGUUGACUGUGACAGUAGCCUCUGUUGAGUUUGGGCUGGUGGGUUUCAUGACCCUGUGGCGGGUAGAGUUGGACUGCGUCUCAGUGCUGUGUCUGAUCUACGGCGUGAACUAUGCUGUAGACUCCAGCGCUCCGCUGGUGUCUGCAUUCGCUCUAGGCCGGGAAUCCACCCGUACGCGCUGGGUGAAACUGGCUCUGGAGCGACAUGGAGUUCCUGCCCUUCAGAGCUACUUGUGUUAUGGGGCUGCUCUGCUCCCUCUAGCGGCCGUGCCCUCAAAUCUCACCCGCACACUCUUCAGGUGCCUCUUUCUCACCGCCAUCAUCACCGCCUUCCACUGUUUGGCCAUUCUUCCCGUCCUGCUUACCUUCUUGCCUCCCUCCAAGAAAAAACGGAGGGAGAGAAAGAAUGCUGCGGAAAAUCGGGAGGAAAUUGAGUGCGUGGAGAUGGUGGACAGCACACGUGUGGUUGAUCAGAUUACCACUGUUUGACCACAUGCCCAAAAGAGAGGUAGUCCGGAGGAUGUACAAGAGAGAAAAAAACAAAACACCCCCAGGGGGUGGCAGAAGGGAGAGUUAGCC